ACUCCCAGUGUGGGCGGAAGCGAGCGAGGCGAAACACGACACCCAGAGGACGGAGCGAGGCGAGAGGGUAGAGUAGAAGAAGAAGAAGAAGGGAGACGAAGGGAGGGGGCGGGACGGAGGAGGAAGAAGAAGAGUGCCGGUAGUAGCGUGAGCGCCAGAAAAGCGGGCGGGCAAAAAAAUAAAUAAAAAGUCCAACAAGAGCGACGUCCAAGCGCGGAGAAGUCACGUUAAAGCUCGGAGACUUGUAGAACGGCGACGAAGAUGCGGCCGAGUCGGAGUAAGCACUCGCCGGAGAGUUCGCUAAACAAGUUCCUGGAAGAGUGAAAGCGCUUUCUGAUCGCCUCUACCGCCCUUUUUUUUUUGUCCCCUGUUGUUGUCUUUGAGAACAACUUUGAGAACCACCAUUAAUACCGGAUCCUAGCAGCUUAGCUCACCCGGGAGCGAGCCCCCUCGGUCGGACUCGGAGAGAGGCAAAGUUCCCCCACCCCAACGAAGAGGGGCGAGAAGGAGGCCGAGAGAGUCCCACUCCAGUCGGCGGAGUUUCGCCAACUUUUACGGACAAAAUGAAGACCCCCGGAGACAACGGUUUUGCCUUUCCCGACUGGGCCUACAAGCCAGAGUCGAGUCCGGGGUCCAGGCAGAUCCAGCUGUGGCACUUCAUCCUGGAGCUGCUGAGGAAAGAGGAGUACCACGACGUCAUCGCCUGGCAGGGUGACUACGGCGAGUUUGUCAUCAAGGACCCGGAUGAGGUGGCCCGGCUCUGGGGUGCCAGGAAGUGUAAACCCCAAAUGAACUACGACAAACUGAGCAGGGCACUGAGAUACUACUACAACAAGAGGAUCCUCCACAAGACCAAAGGCAAGCGGUUCACCUACAAAUUCAACUUCAAUAAACUGGUGUUGGUCAACUACCCUUUCAUUGACAUGGGCUCCACCGGAAAUGGUGUCCCUCAGAGCGCCCCACCCGUCCCCUCCAGUGCCGGGACUCACUUCCGGUUCCCUCCCUCAACGCCCUCGGAAGUCCUCUCCCCGAACGAGGACCUGCGCAGCCCUGGAGGCCUGUACAGUUCGGUGGCCCGCCGCAUGGCUCGCGGCUCCGUGAGCGACUGCAGCGAUGGCACUUCUGUCAAUUCCGAGAUAGAAGACGGCAAUCUGGGCGGUGGGGAGGAGAGGGCGGAGAGGAGCGUGGCUGGCGGAGUAGGGCCCGGAGGUGGAGGGGGAGGCUACAGGAGCAUCAUCCACCCCCGCUUGUCUCACGAGUCUCUGUUCCGCAUCUACGGGGGAGGUGGCAACCCCAGCGCUCACCCGGGCUCCCGUGGCCCCGUCGGGCACCGUAUUCACCCAGAAUCUUUGUCCCCCUUCCCCGUGUCCCCCCUGCCUGGACCGGGAGGAGCGGGCCUCCUUGCCCCACCUCUAUCCCCAGCUCUCAGCUUGACUCCCGCAUCACACCUCCCUUACACUCCCUCACCCACUCUGUCGCCCAUGUUGGGCUCCCACUUCUCCUUUAACCCAGAGGACAUGAAGCGCUACCUACAGGCGCACACCCAGUCAGUGUACAACUACGGGCUCAGCCCCCGCGCUUUCCUGCAGUACCCCAACAUCGUCAUCCCACAGCCUCACCGGCCCGCCGCCGACAAGGUAAGUCUGGGCAAUGAGCGAGGAGCGACAGAGCGAGCCGAAAGAGAACGAGCUGGUGAGCGGCACCAUCACACACCGCUGUCUCACUCCGCCCACCACCACCAUCCGCACCCACCUCACUCGGCCCACCCUCACCCCCAAUCCCACCCGAUGCAUCACACACUCCACCUGGGCGAGGAGCCCCCUCACAUGUCCCCCUUCAAGUUUAAGCUGCAGCCGCCACCGCUGGGCCGCAAGCAGAGGGAUGGGCAGAGCCAGAACAAAGCACGGCAGAGCUCGCUCUCCUCCGGCUCUGGGUCCGGGUCCAUGUCGUCCACUUCAGGCCUAGGCUCCUCGCUGUCGUUUGGUAGCGACCUGAGCUCGGCCAGUGGCUCGGGCCUUGUCUCUGCAUCGUCCUCCACGCAGUCCCUCAACAGUGCAGGCCUUCCCAAAAUCAAGGUGGAGCCCAUCUCAGACAUCGAAUCGGAAGAAGAGGUGGAGGUGACCGACAUUAGCGAUGAAGACCCCGAUGAGCGAGAUGAAGACUUUGAGCUCUUUGCGCAUCGCCUGUCCAGAGCUCCAAACCGCCACCGCCACCUCCACCGCCACCACCUCGGGUCUAACGACUCGGCCGCCCACCCGUCACUUCCUGACGAGGACCUGGAUGAGGACGUGUUCAAAGCCCCCGCCCCACCUCCUCCCGGCCUCACGCCCUUCUUGGCUUCGCAACACGGCUACUCCAGCGCGCACCGUGGGCCGCCCGCCCUCAAGACCGAGCCCGGCGAGUCGGCGGACCCGAGCCCUCCCCUGAAUCCGCCUCCGCAAACCAAGUGCAUCCCCCUCAAGCUGCGCUUCAAGAGGCGCUGGAGCGAAGACCAACGCAUGGAGGCCUCGCAGGAGGAGUCCGACGACAAGAAAGUCCGGCCGCAGGAGCAGAGGGACCGCCAGAGCAACGGGCGUAUGGAGACAGAGGAGGAUGUGCCUGGAGAAGUGGACAGCCCCCCUCUGUCAGCUUACCAGAGUUCCAUAGCCCCGCCCUUACCCGCGCAUCGGCGGGCGAGCGCUGAGCUGCAUCGUGCUGCGGCGCAGCUGUCUCUGGAGAACAAAGACUGCUGAUGGGAUUUCACGCCGGAGAUAUGUAAAUGGUUCCUCUGUAUUCUCCAAAGCUUCUCCGCCCGGCCCUGUUCAACCGACACCUCAACGACCGCCUUACUACUAUGACUCUGACAGAUCCCCCCCCCCCACCAACAAGUUCUCUAUCAGGAUUCUUCUGGGACGCAUUAUUUGUGUAGGAGGUACACUUUGAUCCAGCCGUCACAGGAACACUUACUGUAAAGCCACAUUUCCACCAGGCGGUACGGUUUGAUUACCACGGUACAGUAAAGCGUGGCAGAUGGGACGGCCUACCUAAAUAGCAUACAGUAAAAAAAGGCUGCACGAUUAUGGCCAAAAUAACAAUCACGAUUAUGUGGAUCAAUAUUGUAAUCACGAUUAUUCCUCAUGUUAAGGACAAAAAAAAAAUCUUUAUUUUUAUUGCAUCGCUUUUCAACAAACAAUAUAUAAACAGUUUUCAGUACAAAAUGAAUCUUUAAAUAAGAAUAAAUGAUGGGAAAUUUAAAAAUAUAUAUUUAAGAAAUUAAAAUUGACCAAGGGCUAACUGAAUAAAUAUACUUUUACAUAGUGCAACCAGGAAUUGCAAUUUAAUAGAAGCAAAUGCAGUUAAAAGGCAAUAACAUGAGGUUCCAAGCACCGACUUUUCAUUUGCAAAUCCCCGACGGGCACGGCUCCUUUGUUCUGCUGAACAGUUGUGGUUGCAAACAGCAAGGAAGUCAACAGUUGUGGUUUCCCUCUCUAUUUACUCCCAGCGUUUUUCACUGCGGUCAAGUCAGCCUCCAGUUGUAGUCAAGGCAGCAGCAACGAUUGUUAAUAGUGUACGUUACGUAACACGCCCGCCAGUCUGCUUCGAGGGCCGACUUCAGAAUUUAAGCCUCACAUCUUAAUAUAAUACAUUGGACAUCAAUGCCAUUUUCGGCUUUUAUUUUGAAGUUGGCACCGGGGGUGCGUUGCCGGCGUGUUACCGUAAUGCUUAGUAUGAACAAUCCAUUUUCGAGUCGCUAGUUCCAAUCUUUGCUGUGCUUGAUUCUCUAGGGACUCAAGAGACGUGGCGUUUAGGGAGCUCAGUUAUGUCUUCGCCCCUUGGUGGCUGGUUGAUUAAGUUCACACUGAAUAUGCCGCAGUGCCCGUAUUUAAAUGUAAAAAAAAAAAAAGAAGACUCACCCAUGAUUCA